AUUGGGGCCCGUGGCUGCAGGUGCAGGUGGCCUGAAGCUUAUGCAUCCACCUACCUACAGGGGCUCCAGUGUUAACGCCGUAACGCACUAAGGCACGGACCUUGACGACUUCACCCAAACACUUUCUGGUGAUUGAUUUCAAGCACAUCCUUGGGAGGCGACUUGGACCCAGAAAACCAGCUACGCCGGCCCUGGACUUGCACUCUGGUGAUAUAGUCUUGUCAGAAUGUCUCACCAGCCAACAUCACGAUUUACGCCACAAAAUAAGACAACAAACGAACGGCUCUCAACCCACACAGUCGGGCUCGUCGCGCUCUCCGAUUUCCGCAAGCGGAGGGCCGAGGUCCUCGAACAACAAGAGCGCGAAGCACGCGAGGCUGUCUUGUCAAGCACACAUGCGUCAACUCCCGAUCGAUCCCUGACUGCGACGCCAAACAAUGCCAGCGACAGUGCCGAAGCUGAGAAGCUGAAGAGCAAGAAGCAGAAGAAGAAGCGGAUCAAGGCGCUCGUGUCCUUCGGCGAGGACGAGGACGGAGGCGCAGAUGGAUUGUCCUCCGCGCCCUUGACUGCUGAGAAGGAGGAGCCGAAAGGGACGGACGACGAACCUACGGCCGGCAAUUCCCCCGCAGCCACCGGCAGCACCACAGCCAAGGAAGGUACGGAAGAGAAGCCUGCGGCAAAGCUCUCGGCGAAUACUUCGGUCGGGAUCGUGCCGCGCGCGCUGACCAAGGCGGCCCUGCGACGGGAGGCUGCCGAACGAGAGGCAUUGCGAAAGGAGUUUCUCCUGCUACAAACUGCCAUCAAAGCCACCGAGAUCGCCGUUCCCUUUGUGUUUUACGAUGGCACCAACACUCCCGGUGGUAUUGUGAGGGUCAAGAAGGGUGAUUUUGUUUGGCUGUUCCUCGACAAGAGCCGCAAGGUCGGGGCUGUGCUUGGAGUGGGAGGCGACAAAAACUCGAAUGCCAGGCGCGACUGGGCUCGAGUGGGCGUCGACGACUUGAUACUUGUUCGGGGUUCCAUCAUCAUUCCACACCAUUAUGAAUUCUAUUUUUUCGUUAUGAACAAAACGGUUGGCCCUGGAAACAAACUGCUGUUUGAUUACAGCGCCGAGGCGCCCCUGACAAGUCCUGCGCCAGCGGAUGCCCUAUCCCGACCUGGCCAGGCUAGCAGCAGAGGAUUGCCGGAUAUCACCACGCUAGAGGGUGCGUCUGACGACCCCAACUUCACCAAGGUGGUUGAUCGCCGGUGGUACCAGCGCAACAAGCACAUAUAUCCGGCCAGCGUGUGGCAGGAGUUCGAGCCCGAGAAGGACUACCAGAGAGAGAUCCCGCGCGAUACCGGCGGCAAUGCGUUCUUCUUUUCCAAAUGAAGCAACCCCAAGGAUCGCGGCUCGUGGUUACUCUGUGCUUGGCGGCUUGCUCAUCUGCUAAAUCGGCUC